AUGGCGUACAAAGGAAUUGAAUUUGCAGAUGAUAGUGGUGGUGGUGUUGCUUUGAUAAGCAGUCAAUGGCUAACACCACGUAAACAGGAAGUGUUCUGGCCGCCUUAUAAAUCCCAGUCUCAAUAUGAUAAGGCUUUAAAAAAAGGUGUAAUCCCAGAGCAAGAUGGUUCUUGGACAAUUUAUAAAAUAAAACGUCUCUUUUUUGAAACAGAUGACUAUAAUAAGGCACAAAGCAAAAUAAAGCAAGCACAGAUAACUUCUGAUUGUCAGAGUGAGCAAGAUGACAUUUUACCAUUGAAGAGGAGAAUCCAAAAACCGAAAAGACUUUUAAAUGAUAGCAGUGAUGAUUAUAGCUCUGAUGAAGACGAGCCUUUAUCAGGAAAGCAUAAAUUUUUACCACCACCAAAAAUUACCAGAGUAAAUGAGAAAAGUAACGAAACAUUAUCACCUUCAUUAUCACGGUCUUUCAAACGCAUUCAACAAAUUGCUACACCCAAUACAUUGACUCCUUGUAACAGUGAUGUUGAAAUAUCGAACAGUGAUACUCGAUCUGAUGCGGUACAUAAUUUCCAAUCGUCUUGCAAUAAUACUCCAACUACUUCGACUAUAAUUGAAACUAACUCUCAAGAUAGUGUUUCUUCCUGUCACGGUACAGUUAUAAAAAAAGUAUUAUCCUUCCUUAUUCAUAUUAAAGAACAAAAUAACGAGAUAUUGACAAUACUUAAUAACAAACAAAUAGCUGCUCCUACUUUAACUCAAUUUAGAUUAGAAGACUUACCAGUACAGUUGCCUAUAUCGACCGAAGUAGAUUUAAAUAUUUUGGAAACUUACUUAAAAAACAAUCAAAAUUUAUCAACUAAAUAUUUCUUAUUAAAUCAGUAAUUUUUUUCCUAAUUUUUAUUAAUACAAGUUUUAAUGUUACAGUGUUCAUAUUUAGCCACAUUAGGUGGAAGAGAUCUUACAUCAAAAACUAAUAGAAUUUGCAAGUAUCUUUUAACAGAUGACGUAGUUUCUAAUUAUAGUUUUUACGGUAAGCGGAUGAAUAAACGUCCCUUUUCUUCCUUAACGUGCUGCAGUGCUGUACUUCAAGCGGUAAAAUCAACUUCUUCUCAUACAGAAAAGGAAAUUGAGGAUGUGAUUAAGAUAUGGCUUAAACACGCACCUCAGCGUAUAAAAAUUCGCAAUAAUAGAAAUAGGGCUCCUGAACACAAUUAAGUAUUUUUAAAUAGUUUUGGUAAAGAAUUGUUUAUUUUUUGUUUUGAGAGAAGUUAUAUAUAUGAGAGUUAUCUUUCAAGUUUUUAAAAAUUUAUUUGUUUAUACUAAAUGGCGCAUGUAUUACAUUUUUAGUUUUUGUUUAUACAAACAUUUUAAUUUAUUUUAAUGUUUGUCUUUGCGCCAAAUUUAUUACUGUUCCUUAUAUAAGCGAUAUUUUAUAAGUUUAGCUUUGCAUUUCUAGAUAUUAAGUAGCUAUUAAGAAUAUCUAUUUUUUCUUUAUGUACAAGAAUGUUGGCAAGUACUAAAAUUACACACAAAAAGACUAAAUUAAAACGCAGUGUGGGUGUUCGACAAUUAUAUAGGAGAAUCUCAAAAACUGUAACUUCUAUUUUAAAUGACAUAAAAAUUGAAGAAAAAAGUAAUAAUGUUACUACUUCAAAUGGUAGUAACGAUGAAAGUAUCAAUAAUAGUAAUUACUUUUUGCCUCAAAGAAAAAACUCUUUAUAUACAGAAAAUUUUGCUUCAUGUAGUCUGAACAUUUCUGAAAAUACUGUUUUUAAUGCAGAUUUAUAUGAUUCUGACAGUAGUACAAUUACUAAUCCACUUCUAGUAAUACAAAAUAAUCCUCCACUUU